UGAGGCCUCAAUUAAUGUAAUUUUAUUGGUAUCUCGGCUUAUACUGGAGUUAAUGUUUUCCCAGUUUUUUGUGGUAAGAUUUGGGUCAGCUUAUACUUGAGUAUAUACGGUAGUGAGUAAAACAUCCUUUCUGUUGAAACUGUCCAUACAUUUACACUCCUGUUUUGGUUAUUGUGUUGUUUGUGGGUCUUCCCUUCCUCACAUCAUGAUCAUCAUUUGCAUUUAUUGAAUGAUGAACAUGCUCAUCCACUUCUGCCCAGAUUGUCAGGAGGUUUGGUUCAGUAAUAUCUGAAAUUGAAAGCUAUUUGCAGUCACGAAAGAGUUACGUCUCUUUGCUGGACAGCCUGGGGGAAAUUUUGUGGCCUGGAUCAGCAGCCAAUAAGGGAGGAGUUUAGCAAUGCAAGUGACUCAUAAGAACCAGAUGCCUCAAGACUGUUGCAGAUCUGUUUGCAAGACAACGUCUCCUGAACUCCGUGAGCAUGGUCUGUCCAGCGAGUGCUGCGCUCCUUUUUCUUUGAGGCAUCCUCAGAGGUUGUGAGGUUUUGGUCUUGCUCUCUCUCCUUUGGAAGAAGAAGAAGCCAUGCUCUUUGGGUCGUGCAAUGUUUACAAGGACUAUUUCCGCUUGCCAAACAUUACAAGAUGUCAUCCAGUCCGGUGCCCAUCAUUUCCCAGAAGGAUCUGGAGAGCAUUUCCCUGAUGAAGACGGGAGUCGGGUUCGCUCUCAAAGCCUUCCACGCUCCCGGGAAUAUGGAUGUCUCUUUGAAGCUCUUAAGUAAUCGGAACACAACAGAGAGGUGGGUUUCCAGUUUAACUUCCUUGCUUGCUUUUUUGUGAAGAGGAUGUAUUUCUGCAGCAGAGGUACAGAGGCUUGGGAAUUGUCUGGUAUUCCUAGGCCCAAGCAAUCCUUAGCACUUGCAUUCAGCCAGUAUUCAUAUACCACCAGUCCCAGAGACAACAGAAGCUUUAGAUCAGCCAAAGAAGUUUAAGACAGCUUAAGAGCACCAGCUUGUAAACCAUUACUUUGCAUCAGAGGAAGAAGACUUUCAAGGACUUCAGAGAGAUGACCGCAACCAGCAAAAUCUCCUUUCGUGAUUUAUUGGUCUAAACUAUCUUAUAAUAAUCCCAGGUGGAGUUAAACCUUUAUUCAUCUUGUUUUCAGUAAACUCAUUUUGGUUAUCUUUUCACCUUGUCUAAAGUACCUCUGUAUGUUAAGGGUCUUGAUCUUAACAGAAGGUAUACAGAUAGCCACCGAGUACAGCCAAACACUAUAGGUUUUUUUCCCCUUAAGCUCUGGCCUGCCAUCACAUUCAUGUUACAUAUAUCACAAGGUCAGUAUUACAUUUUUGUUUUUAAUCAGGAGAAAUAACACUAUCCAAAAAAAUAAAAGCUCCUUUUCCCUGCCCAAACCCUCUUACAUUAAAGGAGACCGACACCAGUUUCAAACCACUUCUUGCCAUGAGAUAUUAUUGUUCUGUGACAAGAGACCGUGAUCCCGAUCAAAACCAUUUCUUUCCAUGGGAUCAUAUGGUUUUGCAUCAAACUCCAUAGGAUACAAGAGACUGCUAAUGGUUGGCCAAUGAAACAGGAUGGGAAACUCAGUGCCUCUCCGUGCUUGAAAAGAGGCUGAAGUGUCUUACGACUGGAACAUGUCUCAAUGUGAUAAGUUGCCGUGCUGAACUCUACCGAACUCAUCAAACGGGAGCAGAAUGAUCAUUCACCCCAUCUAAAACAGUGCUUAAAAAUUGCUCUUUUUUGCAUUCUUAAUAUAUUUGUAGGGAUUUAAAGGCACUACUUCAAGAGGUGGCUCGCACUCGGCGCAUGCAAUGCAACAGGCUUGUGCCUUCCGUCGGCAUCUGCCACUUCCAGGGUUUUCUUGGCAUCGUCACAGAAUGGAUGCACAAUGGAUCGCUCAGUUCGCUCAUCCAUGAACAUGAUCUCUGCCCAGAUCUGCCUUUUCCUCUUUCUGUGAGAAUCCUCUCGGACGUGUCCGAAGGCCUGAAUUAUCUGCACAGUUUGCAGCCGCCCGUCCUUCAUCGCAGCCUGAAGCCGUCCAAUGUUCUGAUAGAUCGGGACUACAGAGCUAAGAUAACAGAUUAUGGCUUAGGCACAUGGAGAAGUCAGCAAAUCCAUUCACUCCUGCAGAACUGUAACAAUAGAAGCAGUUGGGAUUUGCUUUACCUCUCACCGGAAAUCCUUCAAGGAGGCUGCUUCUCACAAGAAGGUGACAUGUACAGCUUUGGAAUGAUGUGCUGGGAAGUUCUAAGCAGACAGAAACCCUUGAGAGGCAAGAAGACUUUGCUUGAAGCCAUGACUGGAGUCUGCGGUGGAGUGCGGCCUGGGGUUGAACCGCCGUUCAUAGCAAGCAGCCUGCCGCAUCGCAACAAACUGGUGCAACUCGUCGUUUUGUGCUGGCACCAUGAACCCUUUAAGAGGCCAAAUGCUGCAGAAUGCACAGCACUUCUACAGGAUAUUCUUGGCACGUUCAGAAAAGAGACGAUUUCGGAUGCAAUAUACAACCUGAUUCAUGUAAAGGACUGUGCCAUCGAUGCUGCCAAAGGUCCAGUUGCUCAUGUCCUCGAAAGGGAUAGGCACAAUUUGGAGAUCCUUUGUGCCCAGAACAACAAUGGGCCCAACAAGGACAUUGAUCUGAAAGUACAGACUUGGUCGAACAUUUGUCCUGAUAGCAGUGUAAGAGGCCCAGGAAGUAAAGCUGAGCGGAUAUUCCUUACCAACAAUGAUCCUCACCAUGAUACAUUGAUAAGAAGAGGUCAUCCCAUCUGUAACAGCGAAGGACCCGGAUCGCCUCCACAUUCCUUAUCCUCCUUUCUCAAGCCUGAUUCAAGUGUGAAUGGCAGGAGCACCUUGCCCUUUUGCAAAGAGUCCGAAGGCAAGCGGCAGCCACCUCCAGAAUUUGUACAAAACUCUGGCCAUAGUUUAACCUACAGCAACCGUCAGAUGAAUUGGUCAGAAAACACGUUAACAGGAUCCCGCUAUCAGCAGAAGAGCUGCUCCAUCCUGACCUGUGGACGAGAGACCAUCCUGCACUGCAUGACCGAAGGACGUUUGAAUCACCUCCUGGACGUCCUGCGCUCCCAACAGCUCUUGUCCAGGACGGACUAUGAGAGCAUCACCUCCUUCCCCACUUUGACGGCUCGUUCCCGAGCUUUGCUGGACACUUGCCUUGGCCUCGGUGAAAAAGCCGCCCAGACCGUGGUGUCUGUCUUGUCCACGAGCAAAUGCAGUCCUUUGCUACAGAGCUUCCAGACAAAUGCUGUGAAUUAAACCGUUUACCUUUUGGCAUUUCAAAGAAAUGAAAACAUAUCUCUGCCAGCUGGUAAUUUGCGACAGCACUGAUUUAUUGAGCCUUUGUUGCUUGCUGUCGCAGAUGAGAGAGCCUUGCACUGUUUCUGCUCAGUGACUUUUAUCCACUUAAUGAAGGAACGUGAGUUGGAUUACGGAGCUGAGCUGCCCAAUGCCUGCAGUAAUAACUUCAAUAUGCUUUUAAUAUCGAUGGUCAUACAGUUGGACGCUGGAGCAAUUGGGACUGCGGUCAAGCUUCGGUUCUGGGCCUUUUGGGCAAAAGAAGUCAGACUUUGGAGCUGCCCUUGUUUUCAUACUGUUUGACACAGGAAUUGCAGAGACUUGGCAAAGAGAACAGAAAAGGCACUUAAGGGGCCCUCUUGCUCCCACGAAGCAGGAAGAAAAACCUGUUGAGCUGAGGCAGAACUUAAGGAGAAGCACAGUGUUCCGUCUCCCAGGAGUUUGAUUUUACAAGCUGCCCAUAGUUGUAGAAAUAGCACCUGUUUGCAUUUGUUCCAGGGCUGUUGCAGAUUCUGCAGCACUCUGAUAGUUAGCCAUUAGUAGAGUGUGUAGCCAGCUCAGCAAAGUCUUUGCUGCUUGCAGCCUGCAAGUGUAUCUUAUUGUUCUUGAGACCACCCCUUUUCCUGGGGAAAGAAGGCUCCAUUUUGAGAAGCCUCUUGCCUUCUAGACUAAAGAAGAAAGAACUUAGAUGUGCUUGUGUGGCCAAGCCAGGCCAACUCUGACAAAGCCAUCAUAAGUGCCUUUAAAACCAGUGCUGAGCAUAAAUAGGGAAAGACCUGUUCUUUCUAAAAAAUAGUAGCUUAGCACUGGGGCAGAGAAUAUCUCAGGAUUUCUCUGCCAUUGGAGGAAGUUCUACCUACUUCACCUCAAAAACUAGCUUGGAGCUUAGAUAGUUAUAGACCUGCUCUUUCUGAUAGCUCAGGGCUAGGGUAAAGAGGAUCUCAGGAUCUCUUCGCCUUUGGAGGAAGUUAAACCAGCAACUAAAGGGGAAAAGCAAGAAAGGAACAUCUGCAAGGUUUUGUAAGUUGACUGUUUAUAUUUGCAACCUUAACUACGUGUGCCAAGUCUGCCAUGGACUUUGUGAAAAUAAAAUUUAGUUUAAUUGUUCAA